AUGGACGACGAACUAGAUACCUCGAAAAUCAAAAGCUGGCGAUCAAUCAUUACCCUAAUAAUUUUUGUUAUUACUAAUAUCAUUGUCCUUUUCCCAUUUCAUAUCCCUCUAUACUUGCCUCGAUGGAUCACCAACGGGCUUCUGAACCUAUUGAGUGCCAUGCGCAUAAUACCUCACCGGACGCACCCUCGACGCGAUGACAAGCAACCCGUUUUAGUGAAAUUUAGCUUUCCAUUGAACUUUAUCACGGCGCCGUUGAUAGCGGACCUUUUCCUUCUCGCUAUUUUGGCUAUUGGCCGAAAAGAGGUACAUGAUGGAAUAGUGGGAGCAGACAACAUUAACCCCAUUGAUAUCAUGGUCUUCUUCCUCACACUCGCCUACAUUGCCAUCUCAAUCGAUGCCUCUGGCCUCAUCAGAUACCUGGCCUUCAAGGUCCUCCAAAAGGCAGGCAAGGUCGGUCACCGACUAUUCUUUUACCUGUUUGUCUUCUUUUUCGGCCUCGGUAGCUUCAUCGGAAACGACCCGAUCAUUCUAUCCGGUACAGCGUUCCUGGCGUACAUGACCCGUGUAUCAAGCAAUAUCGUUCACCCCAGAGCCUGGAUCCACAGCCAGUUUGCCAUAGCCAACAUCGCCUCCGCGAUUCUUGUCUCCUCAAACCCCACCAACCUGGUCCUCGCUGGCGCCUUCCAGAUCAAGUUCAUUGUCUACACAGCCAACAUGAUCGUUCCCGUAGUUGUGACGGCAAUCGUCCUUUUCCCAUUCCUGCUAUAUAUCAUUUUUGCCGACGAAUCUCUUAUUCCUCUCUCCAUCACAAUGCAUGAGCUGUCUGAGGCCCAAAAGAAAAAACCACCCGUGAACCCCAACAUCCCUCAUGCCAGAGGAAGCGCCGAAGAGAAAGAGGAAGCUGAUGAUAAGGAGGGAAAGCAACUUUCACUAGAAGAGAUAAUGAACCCAUUCUUAGACAAAAAGGGUGCAUCUUUCGGGGGGCUCAUCAUGGCUGCCACGCUUAUCACCCUCCUAGCAAUCAAUGCGUCGGGCAAAGAGCAUCCCGUUUUCUGGGUCACAUUGCCCGCUGCUUUCGUCAUGUUCUGCUGGGAUCUCGCAUUUGGUUGGCUCCAUCGCCACGACACCCGUGAGAUUGCUGCGAAGGGUCGACAGGAUAUUGAGGAUGCACAGGCAGAGCGAGAAAUGCGCAAGCGAGAGGAGCAGCGAGCACUACCAGAAAAGAUAGACCCAGAGACUUUAGGGCCGGAGCAGUCGGAGAAAUACGAUGCCACAAGCCUGCGCCACCGCAGUGAGCACACCGAGGACGGCAUAUCACUUGAGAGCUCCAAUAGUGAUACCGCAUCAAAGAAUCCCUAUUCAGAAUGUGGCACUCCAUUGUCAGUCUCUGCCCUCGCCGACAAGGAAAAGUUCCCCGAACUUCAGCCAACAGGCGGUGUUGCGAUUGACAGCAAAAAGUUAGCUCGUGCAAGUACUCCUGAGGCACUAGACUCGAGACAAACAACCGACACGACGAUAGAUGAGGAGAAGCGGGGAUAUCCGUACCAUCAGGACAACGGCCCACGCACGUUAGUCUCGCUCGCUGGUGAUAUUUAUCACUGGUCACAAGAGACAUUCCCUACAGUGACGGUUGUGGUAUCCCACAUGCCUUUUGCACUAGUACCCUUCGCUUUUACCAUGUUUAUCCUAGUGCAGGCGCUUGUCACGAAGGGCUGGGUGCCGGUAUUCGCGUACGGAUGGGACCACUGGGUAGAAAAGACCGGAACAGUAGGCAGUAUCGGUGGAAUGGGGUUCCUAUCUGUGAUUCUGUGUAAUUUUGCUGGCACAAACAUCGGCACCACGAUUCUCCUCUCGCGCGUUAUCCAAGCAUGGCAAAAGAUCCAUGAAGUCAGCGGAGUUCCAAUCAGCGAUCGCACAUGGUGGGCCACUAUCUACAGCAUGGCACUCGGAGUCAACUAUGGCGCAUUCAGCACUGCGUUUAGUGCUUCGCUGGCUGGCCUGCUGUGGCGGGAUAUCUUGGCGAGAAAGCAUAUCCGUGUCGGCAGUCUAGAAUUUGCCCGUGUCAACCUUCCUAUCAUUGCUAUCUCCAUGGCUGUUGGAUGUGCAGUUCUCGCUGGAGAAGUGUAUAUUGUCAGAAGUGACAAACCCCACGUAUUGGCUUGA